AUGGCGAAUACCAGCGAUCUUGGAGAGAGCAACCCUUCUCUACAGAAUUAUGCUCUUACCGCUUCUGCGGUGAAACUGGCUUCUCUAGGUCUGAUUAUUUGCAUCAGCCUUGCGGGGAAUUUGUUGCUGUCGCUGCUAGUGCUGAAGGACAGCACCCUACACAAGGCGCCGUAUUAUUUCCUCCUAGAUCUGUGUCUAGCAGACAUCAUCCGGUCCUCUGUGUGUUUCCCUUUCGUGAUGAUAUCCAUUAGCAGCGGCUCCAUCUGGAGCUACAGCGUCAUUAGCUGCAAGAUCAUCGCUUUCAUGGCAGUUCUGUUCUGUUUUCACAUAGCGUUUAUGCUUUUCUGCGUCAGUGUCACACGGUACAUGGCUAUUGCACAUCACAGAUUCUACUCUAAACGAAUGACGCUUUGGACAUGUGUCGCUGUAAUAUGUAUGGUUUGGACACUCUCUGUCGCCAUGGCAUUCCCUCCGGUCUUUGAUGUCGGGACAUAUAAAUUCAUUCGAGAGGAGGAGCAAUGUAUAUUCGAGCACCGAUACGUGAAAGCAAACGAUACCCUGGGUUUUAUGUUGAUGCUGGCCGUCAUUGUGGGAACGACUCAUGUGGUUUACAUUAAAAUGCUGUGCUUUGUUUACGACCAUCGCAAGAUGAAACCCGCACAGCUUGUUCCGGCCAUCAGCCAAAACUGGACCUUUCACGGCCCAGGCGCGACAGGUCAAGCGGCUGCCAACUGGAUUGCGGGGUUUGGACGUGGUCCCACCCCACCAACGCUGGUGGGUAUCAGGCAAGCGACGCACAACGCCAACCGGAGACUGCUUGUCUUGGACGAGUUUAAGAUGGAAAAACGGAUAGGAAAGAUGUUCUACAUGAUAACCCUGGUUUUUCUCUUGCUCUGGGCCCCGUAUAUCGUGUCCUGUUAUAUUCGAGUGUUCGUGAAGGGAAGUACGAUUCCACAGGUUUACCUGACUGCGGCGGUGUGGCUGACUUUCGCUCAGGCUGGGGCCAAUCCAAUUAUUUGUUUCGUAUUCAAUAAGGAGCUAAGGAUGCGCUUCAGAGCCUGUUUUCCAUGUUGCUUGGGCACACAGACACCAAUGGAGCCCUACUGUGUCAUCUGA